CCGCCUGUUUCCUUCCUGGAGCAGCUGCGAACUCAUUCAGCGGAGCAAACUGCCCCUCUCCCGCCCAGCAGCCGAGCUCAGACAUGGGGGAGAUUCAUCUACCUCGUCGCAUGUUCCUCUGGUGCAUGUCGGUCAUUUAUCUGGCCGCUUUUGUUUCCCUCUACUUGCAGAUACCUGGUCUCUACGGUAACGACGGGCUACUUCCUGUCCGCUGGCAGCUGCGGUACACUGGACAGACGCUGAAGGAGCAGCUGCUUUCUCUUCCCACCCUGCUGUGGCUGGGACCCCACCUUGGCCUGGACACUCACACUAGCAUGGAGCUGCUCUGCCUGGUCGGUGUGGUUCUGAGUCUGGCCGCCACCCUGGUGGAGGCGCUCAGAGACAGCGUGGUGUUUUUCUGCCUCUGGGCCUUGUACCUGUCCAUGUAUCAGGUGGGUCAGGUGUUUCUUUACUUCCAGUGGGACAACCUGCUCCUCGAAGUGGGGUUCCUCUGUAUCCUUGUCGCUCCUCUGACUAUAACCAGAGGGUCGCGGGAGGUGAGGGAGCACGAUCAGGUGACCUUCUGGUUGGUCCGCUGGCUCCUUUUUCGACUCAUGUUCGCCUCUGGAGUGGUGAAGCUCACAUCGCGCUGCCCCACCUGGUGGGGACUCACAGCGCUGACUUACCACUACGAGACCCAGUGCAUCCCCACUCCACCGGCCUGGUUUGCUCACCAGCUGCCAGUUUGGUGGCAGAAGCUGAGUGUGGUCGGAGCGUUUGUCAUCGAGAUCGCAGCCCCGCUGCUCUUCUUCAGUCCUUUGCGUAGGCUCAGGCUGGGAGCCUUUUACCUGCAGGUGCUUCUUCAAGUUCUGAUCAUUGUGACGGGCAACUAUAAUUUCUUCAACCUGCUGACGCUGACCCUCUGCCUGUCCCUGCUGGAUGACCAGCACGUUUACUUUUGGCUUCGCAAGCCCUACCAGACCCUCGGCCAAGACUCUCGCCUCUGGUCAUGGCUGUGCUACCUGCUGGAGCUAGCUGUGUGGUCGCUGAUGGUCUUUGCAACCAUUCAGUACUUCGACCUGCAGCUGGAUCUGACAAAGAAAGCCGUCACCUCCCGCACAGCAUUUACGUACCACCAGUUUAACCAGUUCCUGAAGGCCGUGACAAUCCCAUCUGUCUGGGUCGGAGUCCUCUCUCUCACAUGGGAGAUGCUCACAGCCAUGUUCAGAUGUGCCUGUGUUUCUGGUUUCCUGGCGAGAUUUUGGAAAACUCUUCAGUGGACUGUGUUUGCUGCAGCUGCAGCCACCAUCUUCAGUAUCAGUCUGGUGCCCUACACCUACAUAGAGCACAACUCCAAUGCCAGAUUGUGGCCUGCAGUGCGCCAGGCCCACAGUCUGGUGGAUCGCUACCAGCUGGUCAACUCGUACGGCCUGUUCCGAAGAAUGACCGGCACGAGCGGUCGGCCCGAGGUCGUCAUCGAGGGAAGUCACGAUGGAAUCGCUUGGACGGAGAUUGAAUUCAUGUACAAGCCCGGCAACAUGAGCGCCUCGCCGCCUGUGGUCACUCCGCACCAGCCGCGCCUCGACUGGCAGAUGUGGUUUGCAGCGCUUGGCGCUCACACACAAGCACCAUGGUUCAGCAGCCUUGUGUACAGACUCCUGCAGGGCAAGACGGAUGUGAUCGAGCUGAUCCAAACAGACAUCUCACAGUAUCCCUUCCACCAAAAACCGCCGGCCUACAUCAGAGCCCACCGCUACAAAUACUGGUUCACUGAACUCAAGGCCGACGGAUCGUACCCGGAGCGCUGGUGGAGACGGGUUUAUGAUGAGGAGUUCUAUCCCACGGUGCACUUGGGCCACUCCUUCCUGGAAAACAUGCUGACUCAGCUCGGACUGAAGCAGAAGGGCUCUCCUCGACGUGCCUCCAACACUGUCGCCAAAGCCGUCCAGUGGAUGCGCUCUCAGGUCAGGGGUGCUCCCGCUCCUGCUCUCAUCUGGACGCUCAUUGCUGGCAGUGCCACGCUCUGUCUCCUCAACUCUUGGAGAAACGGCACCAAAAAAGACCCUACAACCUCAGAACAGACCAAUCCAGGAGUAAAAAGUGUGUCUGCAGAUGAGGAGUCGACGGAACAAAUGGUGAAGGAAGAAAAAUUACAGGAGAGUGGGAAGGAAGAGGAAGUCACGGAUGAUGAAGGUGCCAUACACACUGAGGAUGAAGAGGAUACGAAGACUGCGGAUGAGGAAGUGGUUGAACAUGAAGCAGCAGAUGAGGACAGUUAAAAGUUUGGUAUGAUAAAUCACUCUCUCCACCUUCUGCCUUCCUGACCAGCAACCAAAGUGACUCAAAACUGCAGUUUUGUUUUCUUCCUGGAUCUUUUUAAACUUGUCUCUCUCAUGACUGAGUUCGCACUCGACUCCUGGAUAUAUCAAAACACUAAGAUUUGUUCCGUAAACACCACUUAUUCUGUUAUUUUCUGUAAGACUGAAGGGACCAUGCACUUUUUGUACAACUUUAUUUUGCUCUUUACAUCAACACAAAAUGUAAAAAAUUGCGACACUGAUAAACAAUAAACUGAUUGAAAUGUUUUGUAAGGAGA